CCGGCCCUGCAGCUGAUCGUGUGCCUGCUGCUGCUCGAGAUCACGUGCUUCCUCCGGGAGUCCUUCCACUACCUGCCCCCGACCGGGGGGGUGGGGGCGAAGGGAGGGGGGCACGGGACGGGGGCGGCAGCGGCGCCCCACGGGACGCUGGCGCGGCCCACACCCGGCGACCGGCGGUGGAGCGCCGCCCUCACGCACUCCUCGGCGCAGAGCCUUCAGUCCAUCGGAGGGGAUUCACACGCCGGGGGAUCGGUAGACAGGAAGAUCAGCUUCGUUGUCCAGGAAGCGGAAGACGAGUCCCUCGGAAGCACGACCACCCUGGCCAACGAGGAAGGCGGGGAUGCGAGGAGGAGGAUCUCGGGGUCGAGGAUCUCGGUGCCGCGUCGGUCGGGGGGGCUCGGGGGUCUCCAGGCGUCUUUCAAGCGGAGGUCGUUCCGGUUGAGGAGGUCGAGGCACGAACGGAAGAAUUCGGAUUGCGAGGGGGGGGCGGGGGUGAAGAGGUCGGACUCGGUGAGGUUCCAGAGGAAGGUGUCGACGAUGUCGGAUCGGAGCGAUGUGUCCGAGGACCUCGACGGGGCCGGGAGCGGGGGAGAGGACAAGGAGUCCAUGGCCGGGGACUAUCUCUCGGGCCCCGGCCCCGGUCAGGGGUCGGGGGCGUCGCCGAGCGGGGAGAGUCCGUCGGACACGGAGCCGGAUGAUUCUUUUUAUUCGCGUCACUUCCCGUGGAUCAAGGUGUACGGGGAAGAGAUCGCGGAGGAGAGCCUCGGGUUCGCCGGGUCCAUCAGGGGAGACCGGCGGAAGGAGAAAGAGAAAGAGAAGGAGAAGGGGCAUCGGCCGGGGGCGAGGACGGAGUCGUCUUCGCUCUCCUCGCCGGUUCGGUCGCUUGCGAGCACGCUUUCGAGGAGGGAGAGCACGGGGCGCAGCGUCAAACUCAAGUGGGUCGAG